UGGGGCUGUAAUUCAGCGGUUUCCGGAGCUGCAGCGGAGCAGACUGGGAGGGGGGGGAGCCUGGGGUUCCGACGUCGCCGCGGAGGCAACGAGCCCCGGCCGGAUCCUUGACGAGCACCCCUGGCACGGCGCUGCCUCUUUCCGCGUCCGUUUCGGAAAAGGCCCGGCUGCCCGAGAGAGCCCCGCGGCCCGCACCCGGCGCCAGCGCAGCCCCGCGGGUCCGGCCUCAGCUGGAGAAACAGUUCGGUUCCCUGAUUCCAGCAGGAUGGCCCAAUGGAAUCAGCUGCAGCAGCUCGAUACACGGUACCUGGAGCAACUUCAUCAGCUGUACAGUGACAGCUUCCCCAUGGAGCUGCGGCAGUUUCUAGCACCUUGGAUUGAGAGUCAAGACUGGGCAUAUGCAGCCAGCAAAGAGUCACAUGCCACAUUGGUGUUCCAUAAUCUCCUGGGUGAGAUAGACCAGCAGUAUAGCCGCUUCCUUCAAGAGUCCAAUGUUCUCUACCAGCACAACCUGCGGAGAAUCAAGCAGUUUCUCCAGAGCAGGUACCUUGAAAAGCCAAUGGAGAUUGCCCGGAUCGUUGCCAGGUGUCUAUGGGAAGAGUCUCGCCUUCUCCAGACAGCAGCAACUGCAGCCCAGCAAGGGGGCCAACCUAACCACCCUACGGCUGCUGUGGUGACAGAGAAGCAGCAGAUGCUGGAGCAGCACCUGCAGGAUGUCCGGAAGCGUGUACAGGAUCUAGAACAGAAAAUGAAAGUGGUAGAGAAUCUCCAGGAUGACUUUGAUUUCAACUAUAAAACCCUCAAGAGUCAAGGAGACAUGCAGGACCUGAAUGGAAACAACCAGUCCGUGACGAGACAGAAGAUGCAGCAGCUGGAACAGAUGCUCACGGCCCUGGACCAGAUGCGGAGAAGCAUUGUGAGUGAGCUGGCAGGGCUUUUGUCAGCCAUGGAGUACGUGCAGAAAACUCUCACUGAUGAAGAGCUGGCUGACUGGAAGCGGCGGCAGCAGAUCGCAUGCAUUGGAGGCCCUCCCAACAUCUGCCUGGAUCGUCUUGAAAACUGGAUAACGUCAUUAGCUGAAUCUCAACUUCAGACCCGCCAACAAAUUAAGAAGCUAGAGGAGUUGCAGCAAAAGGUCUCUUAUAAAGGGGACCCCAUUGUGCAGCACCGGCCAAUGCUGGAGGAGAGGAUUGUGGAGCUAUUUCGAAACUUAAUGAAAAGUGCCUUUGUAGUUGAACGGCAGCCCUGCAUGCCCAUGCAUCCCGACCGGCCCUUAGUCAUCAAAACCGGGGUCCAGUUCACCACUAAAGUCAGGUUGCUGGUCAAAUUCCCUGAGUUGAAUUAUCAGCUUAAAAUUAAAGUGUGCAUUGAUAAAGACUCUGGGGAGGUUGCGGCUCUCAGAGGAUCCCGGAAAUUUAAUAUUCUGGGUACUAACACAAAAGUGAUGAACAUGGAAGAAUCGAACAACGGCAGCCUCUCUGCGGAGUUCAAGCACUUGACCCUGAGGGAGCAAAGAUGUGGGAAUGGAGGCCGUGCCAAUUGUGACGCCUCCCUGAUUGUGACUGAGGAGCUGCACCUGAUCACCUUCGAGACGGAGGUUUACCACCAAGGCCUCAAGAUCGACCUCGAAACCCAUUCCUUGCCAGUUGUGGUGAUCUCCAACAUCUGUCAGAUGCCAAAUGCCUGGGCGUCAAUCCUGUGGUAUAACAUGCUGACCAACAACCCCAAGAACGUGAACUUCUUCACCAAGCCACCAAUCGGAACCUGGGAUCAAGUGGCCGAGGUGCUGAGCUGGCAGUUCUCUUCCACUACAAAGCGGGGCCUGAGCAUUGAGCAGUUGACUACGCUGGCAGAGAAACUCCUAGGACCUGGUGUGAACUAUUCAGGGUGUCAGAUCACAUGGGCUAAGUUUUGCAAAGAAAACAUGGCUGGCAAGGGCUUCUCCUUCUGGGUCUGGCUGGACAAUAUCAUUGAUCUUGUGAAAAAGUACAUCUUGGCCCUUUGGAAUGAAGGGUACAUCAUGGGCUUCAUCAGCAAGGAGCGGGAGCGGGCCAUCCUGAGCACCAAGCCUCCUGGCACCUUCCUGUUGAGGUUCAGUGAGAGCAGCAAGGAAGGAGGCGUCACCUUCACUUGGGUGGAAAAGGACAUCAGUGGCAAGACCCAGAUCCAGUCGGUGGAGCCAUACACAAAGCAGCAGCUAAACAACAUGUCAUUUGCUGAAAUCAUCAUGGGCUAUAAGAUCAUGGACGCUACCAACAUCCUGGUAUCUCCGCUGGUCUAUCUCUACCCUGACAUUCCUAAGGAGGAGGCGUUUGGAAAGUAUUGUCGGCCAGAAAGCCAGGAGCAUCCGGAAGCAGACCCAGGUAGUGCUGCCCCAUACCUGAAGACCAAAUUCAUCUGUGUGACACCAACGACCUGCAGCAAUACCAUUGACCUGCCGAUGUCCCCUCGCACUUUAGAUUCAUUGAUGCAGUUUGGAAAUAAUGGUGAAGGUGCUGAGCCCUCCGCAGGAGGGCAAUUUGAGUCGCUCACCUUUGACAUGGAGUUGACCUCGGAGUGUGCUACCUCCCCCAUGUGAGGAGCUGAGAACGGAAGCAGCAGACAUGUGACCGAGACACCUUCCCCGAGUUCCACCGUCCCUUAAGCAGCCGAACCCCAGAUCAUCUGAAACUCUUAACUUUGUGGCUCCAGAUUUUCUUUUUUUUUUUUUUUU